CUGUUUGGUAACCAGAAGAUUAUUCAUUACACCGAUAUUAUGUCUAUCCCUGAGUGCUGUUCCGUGCUUGUGGUAGGAGGUGGCCCUGCUGGAUCGUAUACAGCGGCGGCGCUUGCGCGAGAGGGUGUGGACGUUGUCGUGCUCGAGGCCGAUAACUUUCCGAGGUACCACAUCGGCGAGUCGAUGCUUGCGUCGAUGCGCCAUUUCAUACGCUUCAUUGAUCUUGAGAAGACGUUUGAUAGCCAUGGGUUCCGUAGAAAGGCAACGUUCAAGUUGAACAAUAAGCGAGCAGGCUAUACCGAUUUCAUUGCCGCCAAUGGCCCCAACGGCUAUUCUUGGAAUGUGAUCCGCUCCGAGUCGGACAAGUUAAUGUUUGAUCAUGCUGAAAAGAGCGGUGCCCAUACCUUCCAAGGCGUCAAAGUUGAGUCCAUCGAAUUUGUCCCGGAUCAAGACUUCCCCCAGGAUGAGAAACUCUGUAAUACAGGCCGGGCAGUCUCAGCAUCAUGGUCGCGGAAAGCGGACGGUGCCACAGGCUUAAUCAAGUUUGACUACAUUGUCGACGCGAGCGGACGCAACGGCAUCAUUUCCACUAAGUACCUCCACAAUCGCAAGUUCAACCAGGCGCUCAAGAACGUAGCCAACUGGGGCUACUGGAAAGGGGCCAAGACCUAUGCUCCGGGAACUGAGCAAGAAGGGUCCCCCUACUUCGAGGCCUUGACAGAUUAUAGUGGCUGGUGCUGGGCGAUUCCGCUGCAUGACGACACCCUCUCUGUCGGCGUCGUGAUGCGCCAGGACUUGUCUCUCGCUCGCAAGAAAGCCUUAGGCUCACCGUCCAUGGUCGACUUCUACAAGGACUGUCUGACCCUGUCCCCGGAGAUCCACGCCAGAUUGGCCGACGCUGAGCUCGUAUCCCCGUCUAUCAAGUCCGCCUCGGACUGGUCAUAUAGUGCGUCGGCGUACGCGGGGCCCAACUUCCGCCUGGUAGGUGACGCAGGUUGCUUCAUCGAUCCGUAUUUUAGUUCCGGCGUGCAUCUUGCUUUGGCCGGAGCCCUCUCAGCUGCCAUGACCAUCCAAGCAUCCCGAAAGGGCGAUUGCAGUGAGUUCGAGGCGGCCAAGUGGCAUUCUGUCAAGGUUGCCGAGAGCUACUCGCGCUUUCUCUUGGUGGUCAUGACGGCCCUGCGGCAGAUUCGAAAGGGUGAUGAACCAGUACUCACCGACUUUGACGAGGAUGGGUUUGACAGGGCAUUUGGUUUCUUCAGGCCAAUCAUCCAAGGCCUCGCCGACGCCGACGUAGGCGGCAAGCUUACACAGGGCCUCAUCUCCAAGUCGGUCGAAUUUUGCUUUCAUGCCUUCCAGGAAAUUUCACCCGAGGCGCGCCAGGAAGUCCUUGACAAGCUCGAAAGCGUCAAGGCGGAUCCCGAUGCGGAAACUAAGGAAGACCUCGAGAAGCUCAACGAGGACGAGCUGGCUACCCUGAGGACUAUCCGCGCGCGACAGAUGCUGCGCACAGAGGACUCCAUGAACAUUGAGAACUUCUCGAACGACGUCAUCGACGGUUUUGCGCCUAGAUUGAUUCAUGGGAAACUGGGACUGAACAAAGUGCACAGUCGCGCCGAGGGUCCGAUAUACUCGGAGAGCCUCUUUGAAUCGGGACUGCAUGACAUGGAUGCAAAUGCAAGCAGCCACUUGAAGGCAAGGCCAGAGGGAGCUAUUCAGGUGUGAGAAAGAGUAUGUCAACUAGCCAUGUCAGUCUUGCCGAAUAGUGUAGGCAUCUCGUAGCCAAGAGCACGAUCGCUAUAUUAAAUAUAUGAAUCUAUGCGUCUAAUCUCAUAUUGACCUUUGAAGGAUGCCGUCAAUUUGUAGUUUAGACUUAAGCUUAAGCUUCGCCUUGAAUUGAAAGUAUGCGGUGGGUCUGUGCUAUCAAAUGGGUCUGGGGUCUGGUAGUGGUUUCUCACGGCAGAUGUCAGGAACCAAGG